AUGAACUAUAACAAUUUAACACAGGAAUAGGUUUAGGAGUAAAUUAAAAAAUUAGAAGAAGAGCACUAAGAUUUUCAUAAAAAGCAUGCAAAUACUUUUUUUAAGACUACAUAUAAGACCUAUGGAGGAGAAAAAUAAGUGAUUGAUGUCCCAAAGCAUUUUGGCCAUGAUGGUAGAUUCACAGAUCAUUUACUUCACGCAACAAUGUAUAGAAAUCAUAGUUUAAAUACCACUUGCGAUAAAGAAAGAUGGAUGAAAAACUCUAAAGAUUGGAUGGAACAUUUAAAUUGA